AUGGACAACUCCCUCGACGACAUCUUCGGCUCCUCGCCUCCCCACGAAACCGCCCACCCCAUCGCCCCUCCAUCAAACCCCUCCCCCUCCAACCCCGCCGAACCCUCCGAACUCCCCUCCCUGCGCCGCCAACACGUCACAGCCGGCUACCGCGACGGCAUCUCCGCUUCCAAAGGCGAACACGUCCAAGCCGGCUUCGAUGCGGGGUUUCCGGUGGGCGCUCAGCUGGGGAUGCGCGCCGGCACCGUCCUCGGGAUCCUCGAGGGCGUUCUACGCGGCUACGAGAGUCGCACGUCCUCCGUGGUUAAAAAGCCCGCCCGCACCGCCGCCGGAGGAGCCACAAAGAGCGAAAAUCCGAAUGAGGCUGACGCCGAGGCGCGAAACGCGAAACGCGCCGAGAUCCUCACGCUGUACCAGCAGGCGCUGAAGGACCUCGACGUCCAGGCGGUGUUUGCGGGCUUGCAAGGCGCGGAGGGGGAGAAGCCCGAGACGCAGCUUGGGCGGAAGGGGGAUGUCGCUGUUUCGGGCUGGGAGAAACGGGUCUUGGUGGCGCAUUGGGAGGAGAAUAUGGAGGCGUUGGAGGCGAAGGAUGAUGGGGAGGGGGAGGGGGCUGCGGAGGAAGGCGAGGCGUCCAAAGCAGCACCGGCACCAGCACUGAGCUGA